AUGAGGGUGCUGACGAACAGCAAAUCGACUCGGCUAGUAUGCACCCUCCCUCCCCGCUGUCUCCAACGAGCCCAACACACAGACUCAACCGGCAGUGCAUCGCCCAACAGCCCCCCACCAAUACCAGACCCCUCAGAUCCCACCGCUCUCGCACACAUCGACUUUGCCCACCUCCUCACCGCCCCGCGCUUCACCGCCAAACCCCGGCGCCGCCCCGUCUCCAACACAAUCCAUCUUGCCGGCAACACCGUCGAAGCCCUGCACGACGCCUUCCGCCGGCACAACCCGCGCGAUGCCUGGAACGUGUACAAACAACUCUUCAAGGAGAAAAAACUCCAUACACUGCAUCCAGACGACCACUCCACCAUGCUCGGCUGGCUGACCUCACACACGCUACCGCGACUCGCGGCGAUCCAUGCCUCGCGAACGAUGCAUAAUCUGCGCACCGUGUGUGGGCACCAACCCGACCUGCGGGACUACCAUGCCCUGAUGCUCUGCCAACUACGAAGCGGGGACUACAGACGUGCGGUGCAGGAGUUCCACCGGAUGCUUGACGCGGGCGAGAAACCCGAUAUAAGAGCAUACAACAUGGUAUUAACCGCGUACGGCCACGCGCGCGAUUGGAACGGGGCGAGGGCGGUGUGGGAGGAGAUGGCGCGGAACGUUCCCGGUGCGCGCGCGGACAUGGACUCGUGGGCGCUGAUGAUCGAGAAUGGCGGGUUAUGUCGCAAGCUCCCGGCCGCUCUCAAACUCUACGAGGAGCUAUCCUCCACCCUGCGCAAACCCGACCGCAAGAUCGUAGAAGCCCUCAUCAAAGCGCACGCUGUGGCGCGCGACCUCAACUCCGCGCUACAUUUAUUCGAAUCGAUUCGGGACAACAGAACAUCCCACCCCGCCGACCUCGAAUCCUACGACGCCAUCCUGCACGCCUGCGAAACCGCCGACAACAUCUCCCGCGCUUCCACCCUGUGGGCCGACCUGCUCGCCUUCUGCGCCCAGAAAUCCGCAGACACAAAACAAGUCGUACCCCUCGCAUCGACAUUCACACGCAUGCUCGCCCUGCACGCGCGGCGCGGGGACGUGGACGCCGUGACGAGGUUAUUUGACCAGCGGCAGAAGGCUUAUAUACCCGAUUUGGGCAGCUGUCAGGCGCUGGUGAGGGCGUUGGGGGUUAGGGGACGGUGGAGGGAGUGUGUGGAUGCGUAUGAUGCGAUGGUGAGUAGGGGACAUAUGCCGGACCCAGAUGUUGUGAGGCUUGUGAUGGAGGCGAGGAGGGAGUUGGGAGUAUAA